UUACUAGAGACUCAAAAUUUACUGCGCACUCAGGUUGCAAAUUUUACCUUCAACCUUGGAUUUUCAGGGAAGUUUUACCACACAGGGACUGAAGAGGAGGAUGAAGGAGAUGACCUUUUACUUCGUUCUGUGGAUGAGUUCUGGUGGUUUCCUCACAUGUGGAGCCACAUGCAGCCCCAUCUCUUCCACAAUGAGUCAUCUUUAGUGGAGCAGAUGAUUCUCAACAAGGAAUUUGCACUGGAACAUGGAAUACCUAUCAACAUGGGCUAUGCUGUGGCACCACAUCACUCAGGGGUCUACCCAGUUCAUAUUCAGCUGUAUGCAGCUUGGAAGAAGGUCUGGGGUAUUCAGGUCACCAGCACUGAAGAGUAUCCACAUUUGAAACCUGCACGGUACCGAAAGGGCUUCAUUCACGAUAGCAUCAUGGUCCUCCCUCGACAGACCUGUGGGUUGUUCACACACACUAUUUUCUACAAAGAGUAUCCAGGAGGCCCCCAAGAAUUGGAUAAAAGUAUCAGAGGAGGUGAACUUUUCCUCACAAUCCUUCUAAACCCAAUCAGCAUUUUCAUGACCCAUUUGUCAAACUAUGGGAAUGACCGCCUAGGGCUGUACACCUUUGUGAACUUGGCCAACUUCGCGCAGAGCUGGACCAACCUGAAAUUGCGAACUCUGCCUCCAGUGCAACUAGCCCACAAGUACUUUGAGCUCUUCCCUGAGCAGAAAGACCCUCUCUGGCAGAAUCCAUGUGAUGAUAAAAGACACAAAGACAUCUGGUCCAGAGAGAAAACUUGUGACCACUUACCAAAAUUCCUUGUAAUUGGGCCACAAAAAACAGGAACAACAGCACUUUAUUUAUUUCUUCUUAUGCACCCUUCCAUCAUCAGCAAUCUCCCCAGCCCCAAAACAUUUGAAGAAGUCCAAUUCUUUAAUGGCAACAACUACCACAAGGGAAUUGACUGGUAUAUGGAAUUUUUCCCUACUCCAUCCAACAUUACAAGUGACUUUCUAUUUGAAAAGAGUGCUAAUUACUUCCAUUCAGAAGAAGCUCCCAAACGAGCUGCAUCUCUGGUCCCCAAAGCCAAGAUCAUCACCAUCCUCAUUGACCCCUCAGACAGGGCAUACUCUUGGUACCAGCACCAAAGAUCACAUGAAGAUCCAGCUGCCCUGAGGUUUAAUUUCUAUGAAGUUAUCACAACAGCACAUUGGGCCCCAUCUGACCUGAAAACUUUGCAGAGAAGAUGCCUAUUACCUGGCUGGUAUGCGGUCCACAUAGAAAGAUGGCUAACUUACUUUGCUACUUCUCAGUUGCUAAUUAUUGAUGGACAGCAGCUGAGAUCUGACCCAGUUACUGUGAUGGACGAAGUCCAGAAGUUUCUGGGAGUUACACCUCAUUAUAAUUACUCUGAAGCACUAACUUUUGAUCCCCAAAAGGGCUUUUGGUGUCAACUACUGGAAGGAGGAAAGACCAAAUGCCUUGGAAAAAGCAAAGGUCGAAAGUAUCCACCCAUGGAUCCAGAGUCUAGAGCCUUCCUCUCUGAUUACUACCGAGAUCAUAAUGUGGAACUGUCCAAACUGCUACACAGACUGGGGCAGCCUCUCCCAUCAUGGCUGAGACAGGAGCUACAAAAAGUGAGAUAG